CGCCGGCCUGGCCCGCCCCCGUCGCUCCAUUGGCCACGUCUGUGCAGAAAAGGCCCCGCGGCCUAGGGGCGCCCGCAGUGUCACUGGGCCGGAGGGGACGCUGGCUGCGCCGGGGCUGCGAUCUGCCAGGGACGCCGGCGGCGGGGUCGGGCCGGGGGGCGCGAGCGGCCCGCGGGGCAUCUCCCUCUCUCGCUCCCCACCCCCUCCCUCCCCCCGGUCGGGGGAGGCGGCGUGUCCGGCGGAGGGUCGCGGGGCGCGGGGCAGGGCUGGAGCGCCAUGAGCAGCCCGGAUGCGGGGUACGCCAGUGACGAGCAGAGCCAGCCCCGGAGCGCGCUGCCCGCCGUGAUGGCCGGCCUGGGCCCCUGCCCCUGGGCCGAGUCGCUGAGUCCCCUCGGGGACAUGAAGAUGAAGGGCGAGGCGGCGGCGAGCAGCGGGGCGCCGGCCGGGACGGCGGGCCGAGCCAAGGGCGAGUCUCGCAUCCGGCGGCCGAUGAACGCCUUCAUGGUGUGGGCGAAGGACGAACGCAAGCGCCUGGCGCAGCAGAACCCGGACCUGCACAACGCCGAGCUGAGCAAGAUGCUGGGCAAGUCGUGGAAGGCGCUGACGCUGGCGGAGAAGCGGCCCUUCGUGGAGGAGGCCGAGCGGCUGCGCGUGCAGCACAUGCAGGACCACCCGAACUACAAGUACCGGCCGCGGCGGCGCAAGCAGGUGAAGCGGCUGAAGCGGGUGGAGGGCGGCUUCCUGCACGGCCUCGCCGAGCCGCCGGCGGCCGCGCUGGGCCCCGAGGGCGGCCGCGUGGCCAUGGACGGCCUGGGCCUGCCCUUCCCCGAGCAGGGCUUCCCCGCGGGCCCGCCGCUGCUGCCCCCGCACAUGGGCGGCCACUACCGCGACUGCCAGGCUCUGGGCGCGCCCCCGCUCGACGGCUACCCGCUGCCCACGCCCGACACGUCCCCGCUGGACGGCGUGGAGCCCGACCCCGCCUUCUUCGCCGCGCCGCUGCCCGGGGACUGUCCGGCCGCCGGGCCCUACAGCUACGCGCAGGCCGCGGACUAUGCGGGGCCCCCGGAGCCGCCCGCCGCCGGGCCCCUGCACGCCCGGCUCGGCCCGGAGCCCGCGGGCCCCGCGAUGCCGGGCCUCCUGGCGCCCCCCAGCGCCCUGCACAUGUACUACGGCGCGAUGGGCUCGCCGGCGGCGGCGGCGGCGGCGGCGGGCGGCGGGCGCGGCUUCCAGAUGCCGCCGCAGCCGCCCCCGCCGGGCCCGGGGCAGCCGUCGCCGCCGCCCGAGGCGCUGCCCUGCCGGGACGGCGCGGACCCCGGCCAGCCGGCCGAGCUCCUCGGGGAGGUGGACCGCACGGAAUUCGAACAGUACCUGCACUUUGUGUGCAAGCCCGAGAUGGGGCUCCCCUACCAGGGACACGACUCCGGCGUGAAUCUGGCGGACAGCCACGGGGCCAUCUCCUCGGUGGUGUCCGACGCCAGCUCCGCGGUGUAUUACUGCAACUACCCCGACGUCUGACGGGCCCCCUCCGACCCAGCCUGCAGGCCAGAAGCACAGUGUUACACACUUCCUGGAGGAGCUAAGGAAAUCCUCAGCCUCAUGUCGUGUCAUGUUGUUUUGAAGUUGCCUUGGCGUAUAAUUUAUGGUAAUUUAUUUUGUCUGCCACUCGAACACUUGGGGGGAGAAAAAUGUGAGGUGGUGUUUGAAGAUUGGUUCAGACACUUGUUUCCCACAGUUGCGUUGUCAAAACCCCAUUUCCAAGUUCAAGUUCACCAGUUUUCAGUGGGUCCCGGAACAACUCGCUCCGUUUCUCGAAGCUUUUUAUUGAUCUAAGAAAUUUUAUCCCGGGUGUGUUUUUUCAAUCUUAAAAGAAAUAAAUAAAUAAAAU